ACCGGAGCCAUGACCUCGCUGACCCAGCGCAGCUCGGGGCUGGUGCAGCGGCGGACCGAGGCCUCCCGUAACGCCGCCGACAAGGAGCGAGCGGCGGGCGGCGGCGGCGGCAGCGGCGAGGACGACGCGCAGAGCCGCCGCGACGAGCAGGACGACGACGACAAGGGCGACUCCAAGGAAACGCGGCUGACCCUGAUGGAGGAGGUGCUGCUGCUGGGCCUCAAGGACCGCGAGGGUUACACAUCAUUUUGGAAUGAUUGUAUAUCAUCUGGAUUACGUGGCUGCAUGUUAAUUGAAUUAGCACUGAGAGGAAGGUUACAACUAGAGGCUUGUGGAAUGAGACGUAAGAGUCUAUUAACAAGAAAGGUGAUCUGUAAGUCAGAUGCUCCAACAGGUGAUGUUCUUCUUGAUGAAGCUCUAAAGCAUGUUAAGGAGACUCAGCCUCCAGAAACAGUCCAGAACUGGAUUGAAUUACUAAGUGGUGAGACCUGGAAUCCACUAAAACUGCAUUAUCAGUUAAGAAAUGUACGAGAACGAUUAGCUAAAAACCUGGUAGAAAAGGGUGUGUUGACAACAGAGAAACAGAACUUCCUGCUUUUUGACAUGACAACGCAUCCCCUCACCAACAACAACAUUAAGCAGCGCCUCAUCAAGAAGGUGCAGGAGGCUGUUCUUGACAAAUGGGUGAACGACCCUCACCGCAUGGACAAGCGCUUGCUGGCCCUCAUUUACCUAGCCCACGCCUCGGAUGUUCUGGAGAAUGCUUUUGCUCCUCUUCUGGAUGAGCAGUAUGAUCUAGCCACCAAGAGAGUUCGGCAGCUUCUUGACUUAGAUCCCGAGGUGGAAUGUCUGAAGGCCAAUACCAGUGAGGUUCUGUGGGCGGUGGUAGCUGCAUUCACCAAGUAACUGCUCUGAAUGAAGCAUUCUGCUCUUUCUCUUGUAAACCAGUAGUUUUUCUCUUAUUGACUUCUGGUUUUCUGCGAUUUGUACUUUUCACUCUAUAGUUGGCUUAUGUUUUUUGAAAUGGUGGGUGGACUUUUCUUUCUUGUAUGUAUGCAGGGUUCUGCUGGUACGAGAGGCCUUCCUCUUUCUGUUUUCAAAAAUAUACUGCCAUAUUGGCAUUUCAUUCCUCGCUGCCAUUCUCACUGUUCCUUGUUUCUGGUAUGCGGUGUCUUUCAAAGCACCUCUGGUCUCCACACAUGCACAUCUUUCGGAUUACCUCAGCUUGAGUUUUUCCCACGUGCAUGCACAUCUGGCAUUCUGUCUACAAUUCAGACAAGUCACAAAAAGGCCUUUAACUCACCAAAGGUAAAUAUCUGUAUCUAUUAGGACAUUUUAUAUACAUAGACCUCGGUUGAGAUGUAUACUUAGCAAAAUUAUUUUUAAAUUGAGACAACAGUAAAUAAUAUGAAGUGCCCCUUGAUUUUGCUUCCCAUGUAAAUUGAUUGUAUUAUUGCCCUUGUUAUAUCUUUAACUAUUAAGUCACAAAGGUCCAGUUGUUUCACAAAGUCAGUUUGGGGUUGGCUGCAUUCCAGUUAUGCUGUAUAUAGUUUGAAUUAUACUUAAAUUAUCCCUUCUGGCCACCUCUGCCUCCAUCAUAGUAUUUUGCAAGGUUUAAUUAGCUGUACACCUGGUGCCCCUUACUUCAGCCAUUAUUUGAUGACAAAAUAGACCUCUCAUCAUUGAAGGAAAAAGGAUGUGUGUCUGGUUAGUCUCAAGUUUCUCAGCUGUGCCACUCAUGGUACUUUUGGUCUAUGCACCUCCUGUGUGAAGUGUGUGUGUGUAUGUUUGUGUGUCUUAAAUGUUUUAGGAUUUUUUUUUUUAUUUCUCUAGGGAAGAGGCUUGUGACCAGUACUAAUCUUGAGUACAGUUUUCCUUUCUGUCCACAAGUAAAUUAAUGUCUGCUUUUUUAAAAAAAAAUGUCUUGUAUUGAUAGUUUAUUUCUUGAUCCAGUUUGACAAUAUCAACAUAACUGAUUCCUAAACUAUAAUGAUAUGUACCACACUUAAUUCUUUUUGCUUUUCUGGUUCAUGCAGAAGGGGUUCUUGGUUGGUGCCUUCCUAGUGACAGCUCCUGUCUGGAACUGACAUCUUUUUUAGUACAUCCAAAUGCAGUGCUGAAAUUUAAGAUAAAGGAUGUCAGCACCUCCACCCCUCCCCACCACCCAUGUAUCAUUUACCUGCAUGUAAAGUCAGGGUAUGGAACUGCUCAAGGAUGAGUGUUGCUAUAAGGUAACAAAAUGGAGGGACCUCUCUUCCUGUCUGUGGUGAUGAAAUUCUUAAAGGGAUAUUUUUAGCUAAUGACCUCUUCUUUACAAGAUAGUAUCUUCUCUUUAAAGGGGUAUUUUCAGUAGCUCACUGGAAAGAAUGCAUUCUUGUUUUUGGCAAGAAGGGUGCUGCCAUUCUUGUGCCUCGACAUCACUUUCAGAUCCUUGCUAAGUCUCGGGCUCAGGCUGGCUGGAAUCUUAAUGGUUUCAAGAGCCAGGGAGGAUAGUUUAAAGGGAAAGGUGACGGGAUAGAUGCGUUUCACAUCCAGAAGCAGCUGAGGAGACUUUUUUGCUCUCCUAAGUUUGUCUGUAUAGUCUGGUUAAAUGACACAGAGACUUUCUUCAAACUCACUGACUGGAGUGUACAAUCUAGGCAGUAAAGAGCAUUACACAUGCAAGUGGCUUCUGCAUCAUCAUUUCGUUUAACGUCUACUCUUAAGUGUCAUUUAUCUACUCACACUUUCUUGGGGGGAAAAAUCAAAUGUCAGUCCUAGCUGAUGUUGCAUGUAAAUUGUUAGCGAGUAAUGACUACAACUCAGAUGAUUAAGAAUUUUGUAACAGAAAGCUCUGCUAUGUUUUAAUUUUUAUAUACAAUUAUGAUAAUUAGCACAUUGUAGGAAUAUAAACCUUUGCUUUUUAAAAUUUAUUUUUACUAUUUCAUUAUCACUGUUUAUUGUAUCACCAUUGGUUUCAUAAUGUAAAUACUAUAUAUUGAACAAAUUAAAAGUCAAAAUUUUUAUUACCAUAGUUCAUGUUAAUAGUGGGGCUUUCAGGUGUUUAGAGAUUUUUUUUGGUUAACAUUCAAUGCAAAAGUACUAGAUGGUGUAUAACUUAGAGUUGAAUUUUAUGGGAAUCCCUAAUAUGUAUACUAUCUUUUUAUCUGAAAUGAUAAAUAAACUAUGAUCUUGAAAGUGCCUGAA